AUGAAGAUACCAACGCUGCUGGCAGCUCUACUGACAAUAUGGAUUUCAGUUGCUGAAGCUGGCCUCCAAAUGGAUCUUCUCGAUAUUGAUGGUUUGAACACAUUCAAAGCCAAAUAUUUAGACAAUCCCGGAGUAGCAAGUUCAGCAGUUGAAGCAAUACGUAGAAAAGCCAAACAAGCUCUCGCUAAUCCUAAUCCAUACUCAGUCAUCAAUUCCUCCGUCAUUCCUCCCAACAAAGAUCUACACGAAUUCUACUCAUGGGCUCCCUACUGGUGGCCAAACUGUAAAGGUAUUAAAAAUGUGCAGGACGAACAGACAGACUGUCCGUAUGAACAAAAAGACGGACAAUACGUCCCUGACAUUGGAAAAAUAUCUGACCCACAGGAUGCUAGUAGCAUGACUACAGAUGUGACCACAAUGGCACUUGCAUAUGCGUUAUCUGGUGAUGAUAAUCUCGCCAAGAAGACUGCACACCUUUUGGAUACUUGGUUCUUGAACAACAAAACAUUCAUGAAACCGGAAUUGUUCUUUGGACAAGUCAUACGCGGUAAAGGUCGCAAUGAGGGUAGACCAGAAGGUAUACUGGAUCUAAGAUCGUUCGUAUACGUUCCUCCAGUCGUCGCGCUGCUCGAAAAGUCGAGUGUGGGCACCAGCUUAACAAAAGGCCUUAAAGCAUGGUUUAGUGAUUACUCAACUUGGUUGCUCACCUCAGACCUUGGCAAAGAAGAAGAGGCUGCUGCCAACAACCACGGUUCGUUCCAUAUAGCACAAACAGCUACCUAUUUACAUUUUGCAGACAGAGACGAUGAGGCUCGUAAAUUGAUUAGCAGCUAUGUCAACGGUAUAUACAAAGGUCAAAUAAACAAAGACGGAGAACAACCUCUAGAAGCAGUGCGUACAAAGCCAUUCCACUACCAAUGCUUUAACUUGGUUGCGCUAGUAUACAUCGCCCGUCUAUCGGACAAGCUUAAUGGCACUAACGUGUGGGAAGCGAAAACCGACCAAGGCGCAACGAUAAAAACAGCUAUCGAUUUCUUGGUUCCAAUCACAGAAGGUUUUCUAGCCGAUCUGAAGAACGGAAAAAAAGCAAAAGAGCCACCGGAUACGCUUACCACGCCCUUGUACGCAGCUCGUGAUCAUUAUGGAGAUCCUGAUGGACGUUACACAGCCCUUUUAAACAAACUUAUUGGCAUAACAACUGGACCAAGUGAAUUUUGGACAGUGUGGAAUCCACAGGCAUUGCCAGGCCUUAAUGGCACGUCUAAAGCUGGGGACGAUGACAAUAGUGGAUUCGAUGGGUAUGAUGGAUCUGGAGAUGGAUGGAAUCCUUAUGGAAACUCAACUGUUAGUGAACAUAGUAAUAGCGGUGUUGAUAACAGCGCGAGGGUAUACAAUAGACUUUGGGUUGUCGUCAUGGUUACAGUUGCAUUAUUGAUUUGA